CUAGCAAACACAACGAGAGUUUGACAGGUCAAGACAGAAUAAGGAGGGAAAUAACUUCUACAGAGAGAAGUCCACUAAACUGGUUUAAUAUUACGAUAGACUCCCUGGAUGAGGGAGGAAAUGGAGUGAGAAACGGUGGGAGAGAAAGAUGGCUGGAGUGCAGGUGAUGAGGGCGGGGUUGAGACGACACUGAACGUGUGACUUACACAAACACAGAGCCGCACAACCGUAAUCCCGUGAGCCUGACAAACCCCCUGAGAGGAGAGAGAAUGGGAGAGAAACCACGACACUAACCCUGGACUACACACACUGACGGAACUAUGAAAUGUGUUGCUUUCUGUGACGGAAAGGGCCAAUGAUUAUAUCACUGGAUUGUUAAGGUUUAUUUCUUAAGGUCUGAGGCACACACACACACAGAGGGAGAGAGAAUGUCUUCAAUGUCAGAAGCGGACUCCCGCUGUCAACCAGGAGACACCAUCUGUAAUAUCAGUGUGUACGAGCAAGAAGUGAUCAUCGUGCCCAUCCUCCUAUUGGCUAGCUUCCUGGUCGUGCUGGUCUUCAUCAUCCUGCUACGGUACUGUCCUGAGAAGGUGGACCGCAUCCGACCACAGAACACUGUGGCCACGUCCAGAUCACAGCGCUCCAGAAGACAACUGCACGGCAUUGAUGCUCCUCUGGGUAUCAACCCCCUGGAACAUGAGACUAUUUCUCUCGAUGCCCCCUCCUACUCUACCUUCUCCCCAACUCACUCCCACCCCUCCUCAAACUUUCUCUCCUCUGUGAGGACUCCCUCUCUCCCCCCUAUCCCCCCACCCAAGACCUUUACCCCAUCCUCCCCGUCCAGCCCCCCACCCCAGUCCUUCACAACUUCCUUCACCCCUAUGGUCCAGCCCAGGGAGCUGCCUCGCCAGAGGCUGCCAGAGUCCUUCAACCUAGUGGCCUCGCUGCCCGCAGCCUUCUCCCUGCGCUCUGACAAGGCUGUCUCUCUCUAUAGGGCCCGCAUGGACAACAGGAACGCUGUGCUCCGAGUGCUCAACGACUCUGCGAGCGCCACAGAGAGGCACAACUUCCUGGGCUUUGCUUCCUUCUUGUCCCAGCUGGGGCCACACCCCUUCCUGCCGGAGCUCCUGGGCGUGGUCUCUCUGCGUGUGCCCCUAGUUACCGUUGUUGAGGAGCUAGAGAACAGAGAUCUGCUCAGCUUCCUGUGGCGGUGCAGACAGGAUGGUGUGGGCGGGGACCCUCCAUGUGAGAUCACAGAGAGACGUAUAUUUACCAUGGCCAAACAGGUAGCCUCUGCUCUGGAGUUCCUCCACAGCCGAGACCUUCUUCAUGGCAACGUCCGUGCUCACAGCGUACUGGUCAGCCGGGAGCUGACGGCCAAGCUGUGGGGACUAGGCGGGGUCUACACCAGGAAUACCCAGGGAGCUACUCAGGCUGAAGUUCCUGGCAUGAAGAAAUGGCAGGCCCCCGAGCUAUUGGCUAGGAGGCCUGCCAAUCAUAGCAGUGACGUCUGGUCGUUUGGCAUCUUGUUGUUUGAAAUGGCAACCUUGGGUGAUGCUCCGUUUUCAGAUAUCUCCGUCAACGAGCUUCUACAGUUUCACCAGAGAGGGAAAACACUGAGAAAGCCAGCCAACUGCUCCAACUCACUGUACUCCAUCAUCAAGGCCUGCUGCCAAUGGAAGGAGCAGGAUCGCGCCACAUUGGCUGAGGUUGACCGCAAGCUCCAGUCAGGAGAGAAGAGUGCCAACGACAAAGUCCUCAAGGUGCCUGAGCCAAUCAACAUCGAGCAGUACCUGCAAGAGGCUGGAUAUGGGGAGUCCAACAGCUACACUGUUUUCUGAGUGGCGGCUGUGCCGUCCAACGAAAUGCACUAUGCCGAGGGACGACGGUGGAUGUUUAUAUAUGUAUGCCUCCAUUCAUUCCAGAAAGAUAUUAAUUUCCUUCUGCCCUUUUUGUCUUUGUACCAUAGACUUAAGAUAGUUGAACAGACACAAUCGUUGAGUCAACUUUGUAGUUGAUUGUUUGUAGUUGAUCGUGUAUACCAGUAGAGGCUGCUGAGGGGAGGACGGCUCAUAAUAAUGGCCAGCAUGGAGGGAAUGGAAUGGUAUCAAUUUCAUUUGUUUGAUACCAUUCCAUUCACUCAAUUCCAGCCCUUCCACUCCAUUCCAGUCAUUAUUAUGAGCCGUCCUCUCCUCAGCAGGCUCCACUGAUGUACACUACUGUUCAAAAGUUUGGGGUCACGAAGAAACGUCAUGAAAACAUACAUAAAAUGAGUUGCAAAAUGAAUAGGAAUUAUAGUCAAGACUUUGACAAGGUUAUAAAUAAUAAUUCACUUUUUAUGAUUUUUUAAAUGUAUUUAUGAAGCCCUUCUUACAUCAGCUUAUGUCACCAAGUGCUGUACAGAAAUCCAGCCUAAAACCCCAAACAGCAAGCAAUGCAGGUGUAAAAGCAUGGUGGCUAGGAAAAACUCCCUAGAAAGGCCAGAACCUAGGAAGUAACCUAGAGAGGAACCAGGCUAUGAGGGGUGGCCAGUCCUCUUCUGGCUGUGCCGGGUGGAGAUUAUAACAGAACAUGGCCAAGAUGUUCAAAUGUUUGUAGAUGACCAGCAGGGUCAGUUAAUAAUAAUCACAGUGGUUGUAGUGCAACAGGUCAGCACCUCAGGAGUAAAUGUCAGUUGGCUUUUCAUAGCCGAUCAUUCAGAGUAUCUCUACUGCACCUGCUGUCUCUAGAGAGUUUAUAACAGCAGGUCUGGGACAAGGUAGCAGGUCCGGUGAACAGGUCAGGGUUCCAUAGCCGCAGGCAGAACAGUUGAAACUGGAGCAGCAGCACGGCCAGAUGGACUGGGGACAGCAAGGAGUCAUCAGGCCAGGUAGUUGUGUCCUUCAAACUUUGCUUUUGUCAAAGAAUCCUUCAUUUGCAGCCUUGCAGACCUUUGGCAUUCUAGUUGUCAAUUUGUUGAGGCAAUCUGAAAAGAUUUUACCCUAUGCUCCGUGAAGCACCUCCCACAACUUGGAUUGGCUUGAUGGGCACUUCUUAUGUACCAUAUGGUCAAGCUGCUCCCACAACAGCUCAAUAGGGUUGAGAUCCGGUGACUGUGCUGGCCACUCCAUUAUCGACAGAAUACCAGCUGACUGCUUCUUCCCUAAAUAGUUAUUGCAUAGUUUGGAGGGUCUUUGGGUCAUUGUCCUGUUGUAGAAGGAAAUUGGCUCCAAUUAAGUGCAGUCCACAGGGUAUGGCAUGGCGUUGCACAAUGGAGUGAUAGUCUUCCUUCUUCAAGAUCCCUUUUACCCUGUAAAACUCUCCCACUUUACCACAAUCAAAGCACCCCCAGACCAUCACAUUCCCUCCACCAUGCUUGACAGAUGGCAUCAAGCACUCCUCCAGCAUAUUUGAAUUUUUUCUGCAUCUCACAAAUGUUCUUCUUUGUGAUCCGAACACCUCAAACUUAGAUUUGUCUGUCACUUUUUUCCAAUCUUCCUCUGUCCAGUGUUCUUUUUCCCAUCUUAAUGGCUAGUCUGAGAUAUGACUUUUUCUUUGCAACUCUGUUUAGAAGGCCAGCAUCCCGGAGUCGCCUCUUCACUGUUGACCUUGAGACUGGUGUUUUGCGGGUACUAUUUAAUGAAGCUGCCAGUUGAGGACUUGUGAUGCGUCUGUUUCUCAAACUAGACACUUUAAUGUACUUGUCCUCUUGCUCAUUUUUUCACCGGGGCCUCCCACUCCUCUUUAUAUUCUGGUUAGAACCAGUAUGUGCUGUUCUGAGAAGGGAGCAGUUCACAGCGUUGUAUGAGAUCUUCAGUUUCUUGGCAAUUUCUCGCAUGGAAUAACCUUCAUUUCUCAGAACAAGAAUAGACUGACGAGUUUCAGAAGACAGUUUUUUUUUAUCUGGCCAUUUUAAGCCUGUAAACAAACCCACAAAUGCUGAUGCUCCAGAUACUCAACUAGUCUAAAGAAAGCCAGUUGUAUUGCUUAUUUAAUCAGAACAACAGUUUUCAGCUGUGCUAACAUAAUUGCAAAAGGGUUUUCUAAUGAUCAAUUAGCCCUUUAAAAGGAUAAACUUGGAUCAGCUACCACAACGUGCCAUUGGAACACAGGAGUGAUGGUUGCUGAUAAUGGGCCUAUGUACACCUAUGUACGCCUAUGUAGAUAUUCCACUAGAAAUCAGCCGUUUCCAUCUACAAUAGUCAUUUACAAUAUUAACAAUGUCUACACUGUAUUUCUGAUCAAUUUUAUGUUUUUUUAAUGGACAAAAAAAAUGCUUUUCUUUAAAAAACAAGGACAUUUCUAAGUGACCCCAAACUUUUGAACGGUAGUGUAUAUACUGUAUAUCAGGGAUGGGCAACUCCAGUCCUCAGGGGCCUGAUUGGUGCCACACUUGUGUCCUAGCCCCCAGCUAACGUAUCUGACUCCAAUAAUCAACUAAUCAGGAUCUUCAGUUUAGAAUACAUUUAGUUUAAUCACCUGCGUUUGCUAGGGAUGGGGAAAAGUGACACCACUCCGGCUCCCGAGGACUUGAGUUGCCCAUCACUGCUGUUUAUGAAGGUGUACAAAUCUUGUCUUCAAAAUGAUUGUGUAAUAGGAGUAAUAAUAUAUGACUAGAAUUCAUUCUUUUUGUUGUGAUUUGAGGGACUGAAAGAACACAUGGGUGGAGACACCAGGCUUCAUUAGAGGUUUAUAAGGUGUUUAUAAGUUGUUUUGUGACACUUCAUUUAUCAUUUUAUGUCCAAAAAUGUAUGUAGCAACUAAUGAUUCUAGCUUUAAAUACGCCUGUCUCAUAAGUAGGACCAGAGUUGAAUUCUCCUGACCACGUAAGGUGAACAGGAAAAACUCAGGACCCUGGUUGCGCCUCCAGUUUGUUCUGGUCAGGUCAUGUGAUCAUGAAACCUCCCGGAAGAGGAAGCAAAAUCUCACUCACUCCUUUUUUCUGGUUCAUAAACAAUCAAUGAAAUUAAGAAGACCAGACUCAGCCGCUAAUGCCAUGGUGCCACCCCUUAAGCAGACCGGAACUGUGACAAUUUUUUGUUCUAUGGUAAAUGAGUGGGAUAAAUGAGUGGGCUAUUUGGUACAAGCUAUAUGGAAGGUCAGAGUUCAGUGGUUGAUGUUCUACUGUAAAUGAGCACAUCUGAAGUCACGUCAUUUGCACACUCUCCACAAUGUGAAUCAAGAUAGAAGUUUAUCAAUGUCAAUUAAAACAGUUCACAGUGAUGCUUUUUCUCAUCUGAA